AUGAAUUUUGGGGGAGCUGAAGGUUUUGGCGCGAAAAUUGGGCAGAAUUUGGCGCCAAAAUCAAAAAGAGCACCAAUUUUUGAGCAAUGGCACAAGUGUGCGAUGAGAGAGUUUGAUUUUGAGGAGGAUUCAGAGAAGGUGAGUGGAAAAUGGCGCGAAAUUUGAAAUUUUCAGCCGGGAAAACCUGGAAAAUUUCACAAUUUCAGAGCUGAAAAGUGUUUCUAGAUCAGAAUUUUGCGCUGAAAAUCCUGAAAAUCUUAGUUUUCAGCGAUUUUCAGCUAUUUUUCCAGUUUCAGCACAAAAUUCUGAUCUAGAAACAGAUUUUCGACCUGAAAUUAAGUUUUCAGCCUGGAAAACCUGGAAAAUUUCAAAUUUUCAGAGGUGAAAAGUGUUUCUAGACCAGAAUUUUGUGCUGAAACUGGAAAAAUAGCUGAAAAUCGCUGAAAACAAGGAUUUCCAUGAUUUUCAGCACAAAAUUCUGAUCUAGAAACAGAUUUUCGACCUGAAAUUAAGUUUUUCGGGAAAAAAUUCGAAAAUUUCACAUUUUCAGAGCUGAAAAGUGUUUCUAGAUCAGAAUUUUGCGCUGAAAAUCAUGAAAAUCCUUGUUUUCUGCGAUUUUCAGCUAUUUUUCCAGUUUCAGCAAAAAAUUGUGAUCUAAAAAGAGAUUUUCGACAUGAAAUUAAGUUUUUCGGAAAAAAAUUCGAAAAUUUCAUAUUUUCAGAGCUGAAAAGUGUUUCUAGACCAGAAUUUUGCGCUGAAACUGGAAAAAUAGCUGAAAAUCGCUGAAAACAAGGAUUUUCAUGAUUUUCAGCAAAAAAUUUCAGCCUAGAAAUCGAUUUUCGAGCUGAAAUUAAGUUUCUUGCGAAAAAAUUCGAAAAUUUCACAUUUUCAGAGCUGAAAAGUGUUUCUAUAUCAGAAUUUUGCGCUGAAACUGGAAAAAAAGCUGAAAAUCGCUGAAAACAAGGAUUUUCAUGAUUUUCAGCACAAAAUUCUGAUCUAGAAACAGAUUUUCGACCUGAAAUUAAGUUUUUUUGGGAAAAAAUUCGAAAAUUUCACAUUUUUUUGACCUAACCUACAAAUUUCAGCCAGAAAAACCUGAAUUUUCAUAAAUUUUUUAUUAAACUCACAAAUUUCCCUCCAAAAUUCCACUUUUUCAUCAAUUUUCACCGAAAAAACCAGAAAUUAUAGAUUUUUCAAAAAAAAAAACGCAUUUUUCACAACGACACUCCGCUGAAUGACGGCUUGCCUGUUGUUUAGCGCAUUGUUGGCAUUUUUUCAUUUUCCGCUUUUUUUUCGCGUUUUCCGGGUGAAAUUCCGUGUUUUUAAAGGAAAUUUUCAGAUUUUCAGCUCAAAAUUCACUGAAAAUCGUAUUUUUUUCAAAUUUCAGCCAGAAAAAUCUAAAUUUUCAUCAAAUUUCCCAAUUUUUCCACCAAAAUUCAAAUUUUUUUUGCAGUUCUGGAACACGACCAAAAAACACUUGGAUGAAUGUUCGAAAUUGACAGAAGUGGAUCAAAAACUGAAAAUCGAGAAAUUCAACAAUUCGGAUGAGGUGAAACUGGCGAUUUUGCCGAAUUUGCGACAUCAAAUGGUCGAAUUUGAGGAUUUGGUGUUGACGCUGGGAAUUGGAAAGGAUAUUCGAGCGGAAAUGGCGUUGAAAAAUGUGAGUUUUGGGAGAUUUUGGGACAAAAAAUGAUGAUUUUUGAUGUGAAAAUCGUGAAAAUUCAUGAAUUUUAAGCCUAGACAUGAUUUUUGGCGUCAAAAAUAAGUUUUUUUUUCAAAAAUUUAGGAUUUAAAUUCAAACUUGGUGUAAAUUUGGAUAAUUUUCUAAAAAAAAAAUUUUGCCACGUGGAUUUUUGAAAUUUUUUUGAAAAAUUUAAGAUUGAAAAUUCAAUUUUUAGAAAUUUCGGAAAAAAUUGGUUGCCACGUGGAUUUUCAGCGCGAAAUUUUGAAUUUUCUAGAAAAAUUUAAUUGCCACGUGGAUUCUUCAAAUUUUAAAUUUAGGUUAAAAAAAAAUAGUUCAGAAAUUUUUAAAAGAAAUUUUGCCACGUGGAUUUUUCUACAGUAACCCUAGGCUUGUUUGGUAUCAAAUUUUUUUAAAAUUAAAAUUUGAAUUUUCUAGAAAAAAAUUGGAUUUUUGAAAUUUUUAAUUUAGGAUUUAAAAUUUCAAUUUUUCGAAAUUUCGGAGAAAUUUCAGCCACGUGGAUUUUUGAAAUUAAAAUUUGAAUUUUCUGAAAAAAAUUUGAAAAAAAAACCAUUGCUCAUAUUAAACACGCUCAUUAAAAUUCAUGAUUGCUCAUGUUAAGAAGAGCUCAAGAGCCCUCAAAAAAAUUUUGGAAAAAAUUUUGCCACGUGGAUUUUUGAGCCUGCCAAAAAUCCCCAAAACUUCCAGGCCUCCUCAAAAAUCGGUGUCCCUCUCAAAUUCAUCGGCGCCGAUCCGAUGUUCCUCGACAACGCCGAGCUCUUCUCCAAAAUCGGCACAUUUUUUCCGUUGGCAAUCAGCGGAAGCGAUGGAUUUUUCGAGGCCAGCGUGCUUUUCCAAAAGAAGUACAAAAAUAUUGCGGUGUUUCACAUGCGAUUUUUGUAUUUUCUGAAAAUGGUGCUGAAAAUCCAGCACAUCGAUCAUUUGUGGAUGGAUAAUGAGUAUUCGGAAUACGAAUUAUUCGAAUAUUUUUUUGAAUUUGGAACUUUGGACCAGAAUGGGAUUACUGUAUGUCAAAUGAAUAUGGAGGUACGGUUUAGGGGGCUUUAAGGGGCUUUAGGGGGCUUUAAAGGGCUUUAGAGGGCAUUAGAGGGCUUCAGAAGGCUUCCCGAGGCUUCCCAAGGCUUCCCGAGGCUUCUAAGGCUUUCCAAGGCCUCCCAAGGCUCAUUUUUUUCCAGGUCCACAAAGGCACCGUGGAGCAAAAAUCGGAAUUCAAAAAUUUUGUGCACAAAAUUUUGGCCGAUCGAAAAUAUGCGAUUCUGAAGCAAAAAUUCGCCGGUGGACACUAUCGAUUGUAUUUUUUCAAUUUUUCCGACGAGUUUUGUGUUAACAAAUUUUUAUAA